CUACGCCACUAUGAAGGACGGCAGGUAUAUCAGCUGCCGGUGUUGUUGUGCAUAUACUCGUGUUUCUAAGAUUGGGCAGUGUCUUUGACAGAUUUCGAUGGCCUGGCCACCGCCACCAUACAGCGCACUCGUCCUAGGCAUCUGGCUCAUACUUCUCGCUGCAUGCCUCUAUGGCGCACCCGGUACCCUUACCCUCGAUUCGGAUCCCGCAUGCCACCUUCCUGUCCAUAUAAGCAUUUCGACGAUAUUGGUACAUGGAACCCCAUGACAUGGCUGCCGCCCACGACAAGAUCGUAAUCGCUUAACGGAAUGCUGCAGGUGUCACGCUCACCCAGCCCCACCAGUUGCUGUCUCCUUAAAUCGACGGAGCCCACAUCAGAGAAGGCUUUUAACGCACGAAGACAUCCUCGACCAGGGUCUGAGAUGUUCCUCAGCCGCGCGAACGUGCAUUGCUACCGCGUGCAUCAUCCCGGCUGAGGGCGGUGUGGCUACUCUCCGUUGUAUUAUGAAUCAUCGUCUGAAGCGUGCUGCUGCAGCUUCUCGUCCACACGUUCUGCUCGAAUCGUAGCUGACAGCUCGCUUGCCUACGUGAUGGGCGGAAGAAUAGCACACUGGUGUAGUGUCACUCGCCAAGCUCGUCUUCGUCAUCCAGGGCAAGGCCUCCAAAGUAUAAAGAGAAUUGCACUGCCGUCGCUCUCCUCAGCCCCUCAGCCCUCAGCUCCCAAUCGUCUUCCGUCGAGUCACUGUGUUCCUCGACCAGUCCUUCGUUGCCCUCGUCGCUCUCGCUCUCGCCGUCUCGGCAACGCCUGUCAUCCGUGACACGCCGGCGAUCACUCUGCCUAUCGCAAAGCACUUCAACACGACCGGCACGCUCCACUUGCUCGCACAGGACCGGGCUCGUGCGAAGUGGCUCAAGUCUCGUGCUAAGGGUGAGUACAUUUCGGGGCGUGCAAGAAGCCUGCCGGUCACCAACACCGCGGUCAGUUAUCUUGCCGCGGUUGGGGUCGGUAGCCCCGCCACGACGUGUAAGUAGUUCCCCAAAAA